CGGCGGGGCCGGGAGCGGGGGAGCCGCGGCGGGGCGGGCGGUAGCGAGCGCUGUGGCCGCCAGAAGCCGCCCCCAGGCAGACGCGGCCGCGCGGGAGCAGCCGCCUUCCCGCUCUCCUCAGGCCGCGCUCGGUGGACGCGCGUCUGGCUCAGAGACCCGACCCGAGCGCUUCCGCUUCAUCUCCCCCGGGAGGAGGGAGCUCCGCGGUUCUGCAGCUGUCGCCACCUUAAAGGAUUGCAGAUGGCCGCGGCGACUAGCUUCAGCAGACGUUGAAGUCGCUCCUAGCUGUUUUCUAACUAAUGCUUAGAUGUCGAAUGGGAGCGCGACCCGGCUCUCUGCUGGCCCGUUGCAAAGUUUGCAUCUCUCUGGCCCUUUUCGCCUCUUCUCCACACCCGUAUGCCGACCGGUGUUUACCUUCAACGGACUAAAUGUUUCGUUUGACUCCCGUCGUCGGUCAGGGGGCAGAGGCAGGCGGAUCUCUGAGUUCCAGACAAGAGGGUCAAUCAGCCGCAUGAACCAGUGAAUCUAAGAAGACACCCCCAAAGUGAAGUACCAAGCAGAGAUCCUGUAAUCGGAAGUCAGCUGUAUCCAUUGCUCUGGACAUCAAUGCAAGCCUGAAGAAAAAGUAAUUGCUUCAUUUUAAGCCAUGGCAUAUCAGUUAUACAGAAAUACAACUUUGGGAAACAGUCUUCAAGAGAGCCUUGAUGAGCUCAUACAGUCUCAACAGAUCACCCCCCAGCUUGCCCUUCAAGUUCUACUUCAGUUUGAUAAAGCUAUAAAUUCAGCAUUGGCUCAGAGAGUCAGGAACAGAGUCAAUUUCAGGGGCUCUCUAAAUACAUACAGAUUCUGCGAUAAUGUUUGGACUUUUGUAUUGAAUGAUGUUGAAUUCAGAGAGGUGACAGAACUUAUUAAAGUGGAUAAAGUGAAAAUUGUAGCCUGUGAUGGUAAAAAUACUGGCUCCAAUACUACGGAAUGAGUAAGAAAUGCGGCUUUUUUAUGCCACCUUCUGUUAUUUUCAUCGCUUUUUGAAGAGAAACAUAGAAGAGACUUUUUUUUUAAUUUAUUCUCACGGUGCAGAAAUGACAACACUGUGCUAUACUACCCAAGGGUUCCGCAGAGAGAAGCAUGUGGCUCUGUUCUCUUACAUGACCUUUAGUACACAGCAGAAAUGGAACUUUUUUAAAUGACAAAUCAAAAGUGGUUGCCUUCACAAGAAUAUUCUUCAAUAAACUUGUUUUAAAACUU